CCUUGCAAAUUUCAAACACAACACGACAAACCACUCCCAGAACCCCCUCACUCUCCACUGAAAUCAGUAAAUGCUUAACCACUAACCUUAAAUUUAAAAUAGGGUUUCUUCGUUUCUUCAUUGCAAAAGAAUCGAAUGGCCGAGUCACCGUUGCAACUCAUCUCCGAAAUCGGUACCGAACUAGUUCAACUUACUCGCUUCAACAAGAGCGUAUUUCUCAAAUUGCUCAAACAAGCUGUCAGUGUUUUGUCAGAAAUUGAACAGCCUGUAACACUGGAAGCUUCCAAAAAGCAAAAGGCUCUAAAGGAGCUAGAAAUUGCCACAAAGCCUCUGAGGAAAUCUAUCCUUAAGCAUGGCCUGAUUCGAAAAAAUGAUAAAGAAGUUAGACUCUUUGUGGUCAUAUGUGUCAGUGAAAUUUUUCGGAUCUUGGCACCUGAACCACCCUUUGAAGAUAAAUAUCUUAGGGGAUUUUUUGAAGUUGUUGUUGGAACUUUUAAGGAGCUGGGUGAUACUGCGUGCCCCUUUUUUUCGAGGAGGGUUAAAAUAUUAGAGACUGUUGCUCGAUGUAAAUGUUUUGUGAUAAUGCUGGAUAUUGACUGCAGUGAUUUAGUUCUGGAAAUGUUUAACAACUUUUUCUCAAUUGUGAGGUCGGUUUCUUUUCUCUCUCUUUUCUUCAAUUACUGA